AUGGCUCCGAAAAUUGUUGCAACCAUGUUGUUUGUUGUGUUUGUGCUGAUGAGUACUUCGCUUACUGCAAAAUCUGAGAGCUAUGAUGAAUGGAGGAUUGAAACCUGCAUAGGCAAUAUUUGCGAUUAUUUGAAGUCUCUGUGUGAGAUUUCUGAUUGUAACAGUGAUGGCAAUGACAAGCGUGCGUGCUUAAGAGGCUGUGUUGACCAGUGGAGAGCCUGUGCACAUGAAUGCAGAUUGCAUUCUCCUCAUCCUCCUCCUCGUAUUGGAAGGGGAUGUUUUGAAGCCUUUGAAGAGAUAAAUAUAUUACCAAGUCUCGUGAAGAGCAUGAAGAACGGGUCUGAUUCGAAUAUCUCCGGGAUGAAAUUAAAUGUUCGUGUUGGCACUCAUGUUGAUACUCCAGGACAUAUUUAUGAUCACUAUUAUGAUGCUGGAUUUGAUGUGGACAGCCUAGACCUCAGAGUUCUAAACGGCCCGGCUUUGGUAGUUGAUAUUCCGAGGGAUAAGAACAUAACAGGUAUCCUUAACCCUGUCAAAAUCCACGACUGA